GGUGAAUUGACCACGCCCCCUUAUUUAAUCAAUCACCUGACUCGACUCUGACUUAAAACUUCAGUUGCAGCUACUCGUCGAUCCCAUAUUUUGGCCAGUUUUUGACCAUGGCCAUCCACGCAGCCCGCGGAAAACUAGUGUCCGUCAUCGGAGAUGAGGACACUUGCGUCGGAUUUCUUCUCGGAGGUAUCGGAGAGACAAACAGGGAGCGCAAGACCAACUUUUUAGUAGUCGAAAAGAAUACGAGCGUGAGUGAAAUUGAGGAGACCUUCAAGAACUUCGUCAAGCGGGAUGACAUUGACAUCAUCCUCAUUAACCAGAACAUUGCUGAGAUGAUUCGGCACGUGAUCGACAACCACACUCAGCCGAUUCCUGCCGUUCUCGAGAUUCCCUCGAAGGACCACCCUUACGACCCCAGCAAGGACUCGAUCCUGCGCAGAGCCAAGGGAAUGUUCAGCGCCGAUGAUCUCAAAUAAUUUCCUCAGCUCGUUAUCCUGACUGUUCCCUCACUGUAUUGUUUGUUGAAAAUGUGAUCAAAGUAGAGCAUUUUAGAUUGAUGGGUAUUUAAGGGCCAAACGUUUCAGGAAGGGAUUAUUUUGGUUAAUCUUCUGACGAGGGGAUCUAUAAAAUAUGAGAAUAUUGUUUUUUUCUGUAAAUAUGGGCGUUGAUUCUUCAAACAUUUAAACGAGUUAUCAUAAAUGUAGGUGCACAUAAAUUAAAUAAACACGCAUUCCUCGA